CUUUUCAUGUUUGUAUUGUCGGAGGACUGGUCGGCUCUUUUAGAGCUCUGAUUUUUUAAUUGAUUUUUACAAUUUAAUUUAAUUUAAUUUGUUUUAUCUUUACAGAUUGACGUUCAUUAUCGGUCCUGGCACCCCUGAAAACUAUCGAAACCCGGAAUCAAAGCAGGAAAUCCACAAAUAAUACUAAGGUAAGUCCCACUCUAUGGACCUUAAAAAAAUUCUAUUCUACAUGUGGGUCAUUCUAUUUGAAUGACAUUCUCAGAAAAUUACACAUCUCAAAAAUAACACUUCUCAAAAAAUCAAUGAUAAAAAAGUAAAAAAGGGAAACCCUUUUUCUUUUUUCGGGAACUGCUUCCGUUUUUUUCUUUUUAAACAACUACUCAAACAUCACGAAUUUGUAAAUCAAUUUAAAUUCAUUUCAAUUUACACCACAAAAUUGUAUCGCCUGCCCUGAUACCCUCAGCAACUUGGUCAAAACCGAAGAUUGUAUUCAUCAACAACUUAUGUAUAAAUUUACGUUAACCGCAAUUAAUUUAACUUAAUCAACAAAUAUAUUAUUAUUUUUUGUAAAUUUUUUUUUUUUUUUUUUGGAUGUAUGUUUUUGUAUGUAAUUGAAUUUCCCUCUCCUUGAUCCCGUAUUAUGUAUUCCCCUUUCCCACACUAUGUAAUUCUCCCCUUUUUGUUCAUAUGAGGUCGAUUAAACCUUUCAAGCAUGGACACCCUCUUUCUACCGAGGUGCGUCUUUUGGGAGAUCGGUAUCCCCUCAAAAUACUGUAAUUGGUUGAGAGUUUGCUUCAAUAAAAGUCGUAUUUGUUGAAUAAAUUUUGGCAGCUAUGUUUUUUAAAGGUUUUCAAUAUGAUGCUGUUAUUCAAUUGUGAUUGUGAAAAUUAACAUUAUGCAACGGAAAAGUCAAUGUUUAUCAACUGAAACAUUACAACAAAUAUCUAUUAUAGUUAUCCUGAAAUGACCAUUCCAUUAAUUUUCAUUAAUUUACCUUCUAUUUAUGCUUGAACACUGAAUAUUUGUUGCUAUGAUGUAACCUUGGAAAUCUAUUUUUUACUGUUAUGUUUAUAACCUUUCGUUUUGCUUGGAAAAGGUUCAAUUGGGUCAUAUCUACUUUACCAUAAAACAAGAGUUUUAAUCAGGACCCACCCAGGUUGACAGACAUCAUCAUUAUUUGUUUCCCUGCAAAGUUUAGUAAAGUGGACAACGAAUAAAUUAAUGGCGUUGAACAGAAGGUCUAAUCCAUUGGCUAAUUUACGAUUCCUUGAUGUCGGUGAUGAUGAUAAUGAUAUUGGUAAUAAAGGCGAUAAUGACAAUUCACCUUUGACAAAUAACCAUGUCAAAUCAACUGGAAUGGCUUCAUCGAAUAGCAAUAAAGUAGGUCAACCUUUAUCUUCAUUGAAAAAUGAGACUAAAGUGAGAAAUGAUGCUGAACAAAAUUUAACUUUAAGCUCUCUGGACGAAUCACUUGAUGAUAUCGAUUCGAUUCAAUUUGAGUUGGAUGAAGAUGCCUUCAAAGAAAUGGACGAUGAUGGUAGUUCUGAAGAAGAGGUAACACUGGAUGUUACCGAAGGAGGCCCUUGUGAUGUUAAAAAUUUUCAUGAAAUUUAUCAAAUUGAUAUUGAUAAUGACGACAACCAAGAGUCAGUUAUUGAUAAGCAAAGCAAAAUUAAAAUGGAACGUCCUAAAAGUGCUAAAACUAGGAUAAGAAAUGUAAAACCAUCUUUGGAAAUAAAAGAUGAUAUAGAUAAUUAUAUUGAUGCUAAUGUUGACGAAGAUGACGAUUUUUCGUUGAACAGCAUUGAAAAUGAUCCUUUUGCCAGUGAAGGUGCCAGCAUGUUUAAAGUAUCUCGACAGGACUUUAUAACUGUUCCUUCAUUUCCAUUAAAUCAGCUGGAAACACUAAAGGAAGAACCAGAUGAAGACAUCAAAAAGGAUGAUGACGAAGAAGAAGAGGAAGACGGAGAUGAAGCUGAAACGGAUGAAUUUGAGGAAGAUGAUCUAUCAAAUGAUGAUAAGCAAGAGGAUGAAGACUUGCCUGAAUUUAAACAAAAACAUCAACUGACUGAUUUGAUUGGACAGCAAGCUAAUUUCCGGAAAAUGUCUGAUCAGUUAAAGAGAGAAAUAUCUAAAUUAAAAAACGAGCUAUUUACAGUUAUUACCCAAAAAUCUGAUGAAAUUGCCAAACAGGCAACAGAAAGGUUGGAUCAAGUGGAAAAGAGGUUAUCUGAGAACGAAAAAAACGCGCAUUCCGCACUGUUGGAUAGAAAUAGAAAGCAAAUCGAUGUAAAUAAUGGACCUGAUAGUGCAAGUAAAGUUGAUGCCAUCAAACUUGAAGUAAACUCUUUGAAAGCCAACGUUGACAAAAUUAUGGACAGUAAUAAAGAGCGAAAUGACAAAGAAAAUGAUAUUUCAAAGAAUUUGGCUGACAUUCAUGAUGAAUUCAAGAUAACUAUGGACCAAUUUCGUGAUUUCAAGAAAGACAACGACUUAGCCAUCAAAGCUUUGAGAAAACAGUUGACCGAAGUUUCACAAAGUCAAGAUAAUUUGGAGAGUCUAACAUCCAAAAUUCAAGGUGAUGUUCAUCGUUUAUCAAGAGAUGUUAGCAAUAACCGGAGAGAUGAUGAUGAUGAACAGGAUAAUCUCAGGAUUGAAGUUAAACAGAUGAUUAUGAAAGAAAGAAUUGAACAUGACAAAUUAGCUCAAUCAAUUGAAGAUAUUAAACAAAUGCUCAAAAGUGAAAUUACUUCAGUUAAUCAGUCAUUAGAGAGACGAAAGCAAGAAACUGAAUUGUCACAGGCAGCAAUAAAUGAUGAAAUGAGUCAGACUAAAUCAGUCUUGCAUUAUUUAACCAAAGAACUGGACACAAUUAAGCAAUCAAUAGAGGAAAAGAAAAAUGAAAGUAAAGAAAGUGAAACUACAACGAUAAAUGCUGCUUUAGAAGAAAGAUUUAAUCAAAUAGAAUCCAAUUUAACUGUAAUGCAUGGACAACUGGAAGCAUUCAAGAUUUCUAAAGAAAGAGAUAGGAAAAUGAGAUCCAAGUUUGAUAAUUUCAACAGUAAAAGAUCCAAAAAAUUAGUUUCAAGCUGCUCUUCCUAUGAAGAUACUCUAUCAUCAUCUUCUGAAGAAGUAAAGAGUCGGACUAAACAAAGAUCAAGAACCCGUAAGGAGCACGAUAUUGGAACAUCUAAUCAAAAUCGAUCGAAAGUUAAUUUUGAUCAUGGCAUGAAUCGACGUCGUGAUUAUAUUAAAUACUCACCACUUCAUUUUUCACCCAUUUUAAUCACUAGUCAACCCAUGGAAAGAUCUCAUAAUGUUAAAAAUUCAUCCUCAUCUUUAUUAGCAAUGAUCCGAAGAACUAGUCGAUUAUUACAAGAUGAGGCAUCCGAUUUAGAUGGCCUUGGUAACUAUCGAUUUGUGUCUGACAUAUCUAACGGUUUGUUAAAUCGCAAUGAUUUGGAUGCCGAUGAAAGUGCUAUUAGGAAACUCAAACAAAUUAGAUGUGAUAUCGAUGAAAAAUUGAAACGACUUAAUACAAUGGUCAAUUCCAAUUCUAAUGGAAACAAUUCCUCAACAACCAAACAAUGAUAUCAAUGAACCAACCUUUUUUUGUUGCCUGAUUUGAAAUAAAUCAUAUUAAUAUUCCUGUUUUUGAGCAACUCUAGUCUAUUAAGUUAAACAGCAUAACUUAUUAGUAUUAUUAUUAUUAUUAUUUUAUAAUAUGACAAUGUUGAUCUUCUCUUGAUAUUUUUUUAUCAUCAACAAUAAAUCAUUUAAACUAAAUUAUUCAAAUUUAUAAUCAAUCAGUGUAAUGUUUCUAACUUAAUAAACCAAUAAAAAACUUUCGAUUAAUA